AUGUCUUUCGGAUUUGGAGGGUUCGGUUCGAACAACCAAAGCAGCGGCUUUGGCACUGGCACUGGCUUCGGAGCUGGCACCAGCACUGGUGGAGGCUUUGGCUCGACAGCUUCCCCGUUCGGAGGUGCUACUACUGGCACUUCAGGCGCCUUCGGUAGCACCCCUAGCACAUCUACUGGCUUCGGCACUGGCGGAGGAUUCGGAACCAAUACUACACCCCAACAACCUAAUGCCCUUUUCGGCGGCCAAACUCGCCCCGGUGGAUUCGGCACCCCCAACACUCCUAACACCGGGUCUCUCUUCGGAGGAGGCACUCAGACUGCUGGUACCACCGGCGGCUUCGGUGCUGGUGGAGGAUUCGGUUCUACCGGUACCACUGGCGGCUUUGGCGCCAAUGCCAGCGCAACCCCUGCGGGUGGAAGCCUUUUCGGUGGUGCCAAACCCACGGGCUUUGGCACUGCUACCGGUACCAGCGCAUUCGGCACUAGCGGUGGCUUCGGAUCUACCGCUGCCCCCACCACAACCGCCAGCACUGGUUUCGGCGGCUCAGGUACUGCUUUCCAAGGAGGUCUACCUAACUGCGAAGGUACUGGCAGCACCCCGUUCAGUCCCUGGAACGAGAAGGAUACCAGCUCAGCCAACACCACGAACCACUACCAAAGCAUCUGCUUUAUGCAACCCUACAGUAAAUGGUCUUUCGAGGAACUGCGCCUAGCGGAUUAUCAACAAGGUCGUCGUUUCGGCAACGGCAGUGGCCAAGCCGGUGGUUUUGGCGCUCCUGCUUUCGGCAACACUACAACCGGUGGAUUUGGUCAACAAAAUACCACAGCUACUCCUGCUUUUGGCGCUAGCACCACUCCGUUCGGAGGGGCUGCCACAAGUGCGCCAACCGGCUUCGGUGCAACCCAGACUGCAGGUGGAUUCGGCUCCACUGGUGCUAAUCCCUUGUUCGGUUCAGCAGCCAAACCAGCAACUUCCUUAUUCGGCGGAACUACUCCUGCAGCUUCAUCAGGAAGCCUCUUUGGGGGAGCCACACAGACCGCUGGUGGCUUCGGAGGCAACACCGGUACUGGAUCGGCUUUCGGCAACACCGGCGGGUCUUUGUUCGGUAAUAACAACCAGCAACAGCAGAACAAGCCCGCGUUUGGCGCCACUGGCACAACUGGUGGCGCCUUCGGUGGUUUCGGUAAUACCCAAACAACCACUGCCGCGAAUCCGUUCGGAGCUCCGACCGCCACAGCCUCACCCUUUGGUGGUGGUACUCAGCAGCAAGCACCAAGUGCCUUCGGUGGUUUCGGUGGUGCAAACCAACAGAACCAAACUCAAACUCAACCCAAGUCAUUGUUCGGCGGAUUCGGGGGCACCCAGCAACAGGGGGCUGGAACAGGUUUGCUCGGCGGUGCUGGCAGCACUCCAGCUGCUGGAUCUUCGCUCUUCGGUGGAGCCCAGCAGCAACCCCAGCAGCAGGGAGGUAGCUCACUCUUCGGUGGUCAAAAUCAGCAAGCUGGUACCGGAAGUACGCUAUUUGGCGGUUCACAGAAUCAACAAAAGCCCGGUGGUCUCUUCGGAUCUACCCCAGCUCCCACCACGGGUGGUUUCUCUGGCUUUGGUGCCUCGCAGGCCCAGCCAGCCGCUGGCGGUAGUAGCUUGUUCAACACGCAGAACCAACAGCAGCAGAAGCCUGGUGGUCUCUUUUCCUCUACUACGGGAACUGGUGGUGGCGGCAUGUUCGGCGGUGGUCAAACCAACACGGGCCAAGGCGCCGGCUCUUCGCUCUUCGGUGGUCAAAACCAGCAACCGCAGGGUGGCCUAGGUGUCAGUGCUUUCGGUGCCUCAAUGCCCGGACAACAGUCUCAGCCUGCCCCUGGUAGCUUCCAAGCGUCGCUUCUUGAUGGUAACCCGUAUGGAAGUCAGUCCAUCUUUUCUGGUCUUCCUGCCCCUGGUGGAUCGGCUCCCGGUCCCCUCGCCACGCCACUGUCUUCCAGCAUGAAGCAAAAGCAGCGAACUCCGUUGCCGGUCUACAGAAUUACUCCCAACGCUGCCAAUCGACUCAUCACUCCUCCGAAGCGUGGAUAUGGUUUCUCCUAUUCUACCUAUGGCUCGCCAUCUGGCAGCACUGGUGCCUCAUCUGGUCUUGGUAGUAGUCUGUUGGGCGGUGCUGGGGGCAGUAGCAGUCUCCGCGGCAGCGUCAAUGGCAGCAUUGGACGUAGCUUCAGCAAGAGUUACUCCACUAGCAACCUUCGCAAGACCUUCGAUCCAGAGGCGGACAGCAUUCUUUCUCCCGGUGCCCUGCAGGCUGGCAGCGUACGUGGUAACAGCAGUCUGAAGCGUCUCACUAUCAACCGUGGUCUGAGAAAUGAAAUAUUCUCGACCUCUCGCAUUGCCCCGGCCCCUCUUCACACCCCGGCCCCCCUGCUCACUAACGGAGAAGAUGCCCAGUCUGCCGACAAGCUGAAGAAAAAGGUCAGCUUCGACUCUCAUACCUCCGGGGUCAAUGGCGGAGAACUUGUUCACGUUGAACCUAACAGUUCCGAACCCUCUGCAGAGGAGCUUGGGUUCCUUCGCUCUGUGCGUAAGAGCGGUAGCCUGAAUGGUUUCGAUGCUGCCGGCACUUCUGAUCGUCCUGAGGCCGAAUCUACCCGCCGUGACCUUGCCGUUGUCCCCGAAAGUGCACCACAAACCACCAACGGUGCUACCGUUAAGCGUCUUACGUUCAUCCCCGGUGGUGACCCAAGACCUGGUGAGUACUGGAUGCAACCUUCCCGUGCCGAGCUUAGCCGGAUGACCCGCGACCAGCUCAGACAAGUCGUUGACUUCACCGUUGGCCGUCAGAACUGUGGUUCUGUUACUUUCAACGGCCCCGUUGAUCUGACUACCGUUGAUCUGGACAAUCUUUUCUCCAAUAUUGUGGAUAUUGGUCUUCGCAAGAUUACUGUCUACCCCGAGGAAUCGGUCAAGCCUGCCAGGGGCAAGGGACUGAACGUGCCAUCUACCCUGCGGAUUGAGAACUCCUGGCCCCGUGGUAGAGAUAAGAAGAGCAACUCCCCUGUCACUAGUGGUCCUCUGUUUGACAAACACAUUGAUCGUUUGCAGAAGGUGGGCGAUACCGAGUUCGUUAACUACGAAACUGAGACUGGAACCUGGGUUUUCAAGGUGCCUCAUUUCACUACAUAUGGCCUUGACUACGAUGAAGAGGAAGGUGAGAGUCACGACCAGAGCACCAUGAGUGCCCAAGGCCCUGACCACGCUACCAGCAGGGCUCACUUCGACCCCGCGUGUUUCGAUCAGUCUACCUUUUCUAUCGAUGAGUCCUUCGUCGGUUCCAUGAUUGGUGUUGAAGACGAUACUUUCGAUUUCAAAAAGCGCAAGCUUGUUCCUGGCUCUUUCGCUAACCAGGCCAUGCCUGUGGAGGAUGAUUAUUUUUCUGACGGUGAAACCGAGUCUUUUUUAGAGGAAGGCUCCACGGGUUCGACUACUGAGAAUGACGACGACGUCGUCACCGAGAGCCAACAGUCUGGCGAUUCGGUAGUUGGAUCAGAUGAGGCAGAUGAAAUGGAUAUGGCCGGUGCCUUUCCUACUCCUCGUCGCACCGUGGAGCGGAACGACUAUCAGAGCACCAAUGGUGACCUAGAUACCACUUACCAUAUGUCGAGACACUUCGGCAGUCCCGCAAAGCCUCAGCUUGACCUUAGUGGCGACUGGGCCGAGCAGCUGCAGCGUACCAUCAGCCCUCGCAAGCAGAACCGUGAUGCCUUGCGUGAAAUGCAGGCAAGCGCUUUCAUUGAUCGUAACCUCGUGAACGAUGAAUCUCCCACAAACAUUGCGACAGCCUCUCCGAAGAAAGGUUUCUCAAACAGCAUUGAUCUUAUGAACUCUUUGUUCCAGCAGCCGCGCAAGCAAGCCGCCCCUUCUCCGCUGAAGGCUAAAGCAACGCCAAAGGGCUUUGAGUGGCCUUACAACAAGCAACCCAAGACCUUCGCUGGCGAUACAACACAAAUGAGCGAAUCUGACGCCGCUUUCCAUGACUCUUUCAAACCCCGCUGGGGUCCCAUGGAUUCCCUCAUCUGUGUCAAAAAUGAUAUGGGGGACACAAUCCUAGGGGUAAACCAGACCUGGAAAGAAAGCUUCUCCAUUUUCAGCGAAGAUCGUGAUAUUGCAGUCAUGACAUACAACCAAUCUGGCGAGGUCAGGGAAAUGCUUGAUGUCCAGCGGCUUCAGUCCUCUAUCCAGCGCAUCGAUGGCACUCCUUUCGUUCGUAUGGCCAGGAUCGACCUGUCGCAGUUCCCUCUGUCACCAUCCACCCGUUCCCAGUCAGAGGAAGAGCGCUUGGUGUGGCAGCUUCUCAACAUCCUUUUCAAUGAUGAUAUUGAGGACGACAUCUCAGCGGGUGUACCGCCGCGCCUACGACAGCAAUUUGCGCACCGGAUCAAGAAGGACCGACUCACACGUCUUUGGGAGGGAAUCAUUCGUGAAAAGCACUCCCAAAACCUGGAUGCAAUUCGCUCCCCUGUGGAACGGGCCGUUCAUUUGAUUUGUUCGCACCGAGUGGAGGAAGCCUGUAAGACGCUGAUCGACAGUCAGAAUCCCCAUCUGGCGACUAUAGUCGCACAGAUUGGCCGCGAUGCUACCUCGCGUGCCGACCUGGCGAACCAAAUUGAUGUGUGGCGUCAGAACAACAUACUCUCGGAGAUGACUGAACCCAUACGAGCUCUUUACGAACUGGUCGCUGGGAAUGCUCUCCGCAGCGAAGGCAAAUCGGGCGGUGCGCUUGAAGACCGGGCCUCCACCUUUGGCUUCACCGAGCGGUUCGAUCUAGAUUGGUUCCAGGCCUUUGGUCUUCGUCUGUGGUAUUGCACGGCUGAAGAUGAGCCAAUCGAGGUGGCUGUCUCCAAGUUCCUUGCGGACUUGGCCACCGGACAAGAACCCGCCUUCCCCCACCCAUCGCACCAGGCCAGUACUCGUGCAGUCCCGCAGCCUGGCUCUGACACCCUUGGGCGCGAAUCUCCUCUUUGGGUUCUGCUCAAGGCCUUCUCGGCUCUUCAAGGCCACGUCACCCAACCCGUUGAAUUCCCCGCAUCUUUCCUUCCCGAAUCCGUCUCCGGUGACCGUCUCGCCAACCGACUGUCCUUCCAGCUACACCACUCGGGAAAAAACCAGGCCAUCAAAAUCAACCAGCACCAAACCGACCAACUCGUCCGGGAUUUUGCCUCUGAACUCAGUGCAGGCGGAAAGCUUGAUCAAGCAUUGUUUGUCCUCCUGCACCUCUCCCAAGGUAACGACCGAAAGGGCGCUGUCCAAGAAACUCUCGCCCGCUUCGCAGCUCAACUCCCCGAGCCCUUCGCUGCCGACGGCUCUCCCGAUCCGGCAUGGCAAUAUCUCAUCACUGAUCUCCAGCUUCCCGAAGCCUGGAUCUGGGUUGCCAAGGCUCUGUAUGCUCGCGACAUCGGCGAUUCUGCCCGUGAGGUCGACUGUCUUAUUCGCGGCAAGCACUGGAACGACGCCCACACCACCUUCUGUCGCAUCGUCGGUCCAAGCACCAUCAUCGAGGGCGACUACCGUACCCUCGAGACUCUGGUCUCCGGCUUCGGCGACGCCCCCGAGCGUAAAAUGCGCGGCUGGUCUUCUGGCGGCGGUGUCUAUGAAGACUUCCUCCGCCUUGUCAACUCCACCAGCGGCCGACGUGAUCCAAUUCGCCUGAACCGCCUAGUGAACGCUCUUGUUGCAAUGGGCGAUCGCGUCCAGGGAUCGAGUCUGGAAGGACUGGAGGAGCGUGUUGCAUUCAAGGAGAUGAGCCGGGCUGUCGCCGGCUGGAUUACACACGAGGAUGUUCAUUCCGUUGAAUCCUCCGCUGUCCUGGGCCUACCCUUGACAGGUGACGCUCGCGUUUUGCAGACCGCAGAGAUGAGCCGUCGAUACUAUGGUGUCAUCAUGGCUGGUGGUUAUUAA